AUGAUGCUCCAAGACUGUAUGGACAAAUUCAUUGUGGUGUUUGUUGAUGAUAUACAGGUAUACUCUAAGGCUUUUGAAAAGCAUGAUGAGCACCUAAGAUUUACCUUGCAAAGGUUGAGGGAGAAGCAAUUAUAUGCAAAUUUUUCAAAGUGUGAAUUUUGGCUUGAUCAAGUUGUAUUUUUAGGGCAUGUAGUGUUGGAUGAAGGUAUAUCAGUAAAUCUGAGCAUGAUUAAGGCAGUGUUAGAUUGGCAGAGGUCUAAGAUUGUCAAGGAGGUUCAGAGCUUUAUGGGAUUAGUGAGAUACUAUAAGAGAUUUGUGAAGGGGUUUGGUAGGGCAACAAGACUUCUCACAACUCUUAUGAAGAAGGAAACUUAA